CCGGGGCGCGGGAUCUCCGCCGCCGCGCGUCCCAUCAAUGCCGUGGCCGUUGCCUUCCUCGUCCCGUCCAGGCAUUCGCCCAACCCGAUGCUAUGCCACCCCCUUCUGCCGCGCGCAGGCACCGCUGCCGGACAAGCCUCCGUGCCCGCACCGCCUCCCGCCCACGUGGCGCGCACCACGGUCCGACGUGGCCCCCGGACCCACCUCCCUCGCCCGUUGCCUCCUUUUAAACCCGCCACCGCCGUCUCCGCCUCUCUCCAGUCCAGACAGUCUCUCUCUCUCUCUCUCCAACGGUCAUAUUCUCUCUCAAGACACCCGCGCGCGCACAUCCCGUGGAAGCUUCCAACGCUCGAGUGGCCUUUCCAACUUCCUGGCAGCACCGCGAUGGUGGCGGAGGGGGCGCGGCGGCGGGUGGUGGUGGAGGUGUGCAACGCGCGGAACCUGAUGCCCAAGGACGGGCAGGGCACGGCGUGCGCCUACGCUGUCGUCGACUUCGACGGCCAGCGCCGCCGCACCUCCACGCGCCCGCGGGACCUCAACCCGCAGUGGGGGGAGCGCCUCGAGUUCCUCGUCCACGACCCGGACGCCAUGGCCUCCGAGACGCUCGAGCUCAAUCUCUACAACGACAAGAAGGCCGCCGCCACCACGGGGAGCGGGCGCCGCGGGGGGACAUUCCUCGGCAAGGUCAAGGUGACCGGGGUGUCGUUCGCGAAGGAGGGCGAGGAAGCGCUCGUGUACUACCCACUCGAGAAGCGGAGCGUGUUCUCGCAAAUCAAGGGUGAGAUCGGGCUCAAGAUCUGGUUCGUCGACGAGCCGCCGCCGCCACAGCCCGCGCCACCCGCGGCGGAGGAGAAGGGCGCCGACGCGGCUGCCACGGACAAGAAGGGGGCGGCGACCGAGGGGAAAGAGGGGAAGGCGCCAGCUGCUGCUGCCGCGCCGGCUGACGAGAAGAAGCCGGAGGCACCGCCAGCCGAGGAGAAGAAUGCAGUGGAGGCCAAAACAGAGGAGAAGAAACCAGAGGCGGCGGACAAGAAGGAGGACAAGGGUGGCAAGAAGAAGUCGUCGGAGAAGGGAAAGAAGGACGGCGGCGAGAAGCCCAAGGAGGAAGGCAAAGCAAAGGAGGACAAGAAGGACGCAGCCGCGCCGCCGCCCUCUCCGUCCAAGCUGGCGCCGCCGCCCUCACCGUCCAAGAAGGAGCUGGUGGUCGCCGGAGUCGCGGGCGAUCUGGAGAUCCGCCCCCAGAGCGCCGCCGAGAAGAGCAUGGCCGCGUCGGGCGCCAGCGCGUCGUACGACCUGGUGGAUCGCGUGCCGUACCUGUUCGUCCGGCUACUCAAGGCCAAGCGCCACGGCGGCGGCGACAACCAGCCGCUGUACGCGCAGCUGUCCAUCGGCACCCACGCCGUGCGCACGCGCGCCGCCACUAUCGCCGGCGAGUGGGACCUGGUGUUCGCCUUCCACAAGGACGGCCUCACCGACACCUCGCUGGAGGUUACCGUCCACGAAGAGGCCAAGAAGCCAGCCGCGGAGGCGGAGCCCGCUCCGCCGGACGCCAACCUCGGUUCUGUCUCCUUCGACCUCCAGGAGGUCCCGAAGCGGUCACCGCUGGACAGCGCGCUCGCGCCGCAGUGGUACACCCUCGAGGGCCACUCCGAGGACAGCGAGGCGGCCUGCGACGUCAUGCUUGCCGUAUGGGUCGGCACGCAGGUUGACGAGGCGUUCCAGGAAGCGUGGCAGUCCGACUCCGGUGGCUACCUGGUGCACACUCGCUCCAAGGCCUAUCUAUCCCCCAAGCUCUGGUACCUCCGCCUGAGCGUCAUCCAAGCGCAGGACCUGCGUUUGCCGUCUCCGCCGGACGCCAAUGCGAAGCAGUUUGGCCCCGCCUUCCCGGAGCUGUACGUCAAGGCGCAGCUCGGCGCCCAGGUAUUCAAGACGGGCCGAGUCCCGCUCGGCAGCGCGGCGUCCGGGACGUCCAAUCCGAGCUGGAACGAGGACUUGCUCUUCGUCGCCGCUGAACCGUUCGACCCAUUCUUGACCGUCGUCGUGGAGGACGUCUUCUCCGGGCAACCGGUGGGCCAGGCGCGUGUGCCCCUGUCCACGGUGCACCGACGGGCGGACGACCGGGUCGAGCCGCCAUCGCGGUGGCUGAACCUGUGCGGCGACGAGGCCCGGCCGUACGCCGGGCGGGUGCACGUUCGCGUGUGCCUGGAGGGCGGGUACCACGUGCUGGACGAGGCGGCAAACGUGGCCAGCGACGUGCGUGCGGCGUCGAAGCAUCUGUCGAAGCCGCCGGUCGGUAUGCUCGAGGUCGGCGUCCGCGGCGCCACCAACCUGGUUCCGAUGAAGAUCGCCAAGGACAGCGCGAGCGGCUCGACGGACGCGUACGUCGUGCUCAAGUACGGUCCCAAGUGGGCGCGCACGCGCACUAUCCUGGACCAGUUCAACCCGCGGUGGAACGAGCAGUACGCGUGGGACGUGUUCGACCCCUGCACCGUGCUCACCAUCGCCGUCUUCGACAACGUCCGGUACAAGACCGCCGACGCCGGCGGCGACCCCGCGAAGCUACCCAAGGACUCCCGCAUCGGGAAGCUCCGCAUCCGCCUCUCCACGCUCGACACAAACCGGGUGUACGUCAACACCUUCGCGCUCACGGCCGUGCACCCCGUCGGCGUGCGCAAGAUGGGCGAGCUGGAGCUGGCCAUCCGGUUCACCUGCUCGUCGUGGCUGACGCUGAUGCAGGCCUACGGCAGCCCGCUGCUGCCGCGGAUGCACUACGUGAAGCCACUCAGCCCCGCGCAGCAGGACGUGCUGCGGCACACGGCGAUGCGCAUGGUGUCCGGGCGGCUGGCGCGGUCGGAGCCGCCGCUGGGGCCGGAGGUGGUGCAGUACCUACUCGACACGGACACGCACUCGUGGAGCAUGCGCCGGAGCAAGGCCAACUGGUUCCGCGUGGUCGGCUGCCUGUCGCACGUCGCCACGGCGGUGAUGUGGGCGCACCGGGUGCGCACCUGGGCGCACCCACCGACCGCCGUGCUUGUGCACGCGCUGCUCGUCGCCGUCGUUCUCUGCCCGGAGAUGAUCCUGCCCACCGUCUGCAUGUACCUCUUCCUGUCCCUGCUCUGGCGCUACCGCGCGCGGCCUCGCGAGCCGACAGGCAUGGACCCGCGGCUCUCCCACGUGGAUAGCGCCAGUCCCGACGAGCUCGACGAGGAGUUCGACGGUCUCCCCUCGGGGCGCCCAGCCGACAUUGUCCGAAUACGGUACGACCGGCUGCGCGCCGUGGCCGGGCGGGCGCAGACUCUGCUCGGCGACGUCGCUGCGCAGGGCGAGCGCAUCGAGGCGCUUCUGUCGUGGCGCGACCCGCGCGCGACGGGGGUGUUCACGGUGGUGUGCCUGCUGGCGGCGCUGGUGCUGUACGCCGUGCCGUUCAAGGUGCUGCUGCUGGGGAUGGGGUUCUACUACCUCCGGCACCCGAGGUUCCGCGGCGACAUGCCGUCCGCCGGCUUCAACUUCUUCCGCCGCCUGCCGUCGCUCUCCGACCGCGUUCUCUAGGUCCUGGUCGCUGAUCAGGCAGUUUUCUUCCAUGAUCGUUUUGAUCUCUCGGUGUAAUCUGCUUAGUCAGUCAGAUGUUUUGAUCAUGCAAUUGUUGCAUCAAGAAAUGAGGCUUGCCUGAUGCUAACAACAAUAAUCAAGCCUAUUGUAUUCAUUGCUUUUAUAUAAUCAGUUUGUCGAUUCUGCAUU